CGGAGAGGCCGGACCGGUGAAGUGGAGGAGGCGACGCUCCGGAGGCGCCCUGCCAUGCAUUCCCCUCUCCCUCCCUUCCAGCGGCCAUGUUAACCACCAGGAAACGGUCUGCCGGGGCUGCUGCUCCUGGCCCGGCUGGCAGCAGGGCGGGUGAAAGUGCUCGACAGUUGCAGUCUUCCCCAGGGAUUAGGGCUGGGGGCUGCUCGCGGACAGGCGCUGGGACCGGCCCACCAUCCCCGAUCGCUUUGCCGCCGCUCAAGUCCAGCAGUGCCGUCCACACGGUUGCUGGAAAUAAGCACACGAUGAAUGAGCACCUACAUGUUGUCAGCCAUGGGCAGAUCCAGGUUCAGCAGCUGUUUGAAGACAAUAGCAACAAAAGGACAGUUCUAACAACACAACCCAAUGGGCUUACAACAGUAGCAAAAUCAGGAUUGCCAGUGGUCCAAGACAGACAGCUGGACAGUGGACAUAGGCGGCAAGGUAGCUCCAGUUCUUUGAAGUCUACAGAAGGGCCAGGGAAGGUGAAAGCUUCUGUUAUGACACCAGAGCAAGCCAUGAAGCAAUACAUGCAAAAGCUAACAGCCUUUGAGCAUCAUGAGGUUUUCAGUUACUCUGAAAUAUAUUUUUUGGGUCCAAAUGCAAAGAAAAGACAAGGUGUAAUCGGUGGUCCAAACAACAGCGGGUAUGAUGAUGAUCAAGGAUCAUAUGUGCAAGUACCCCAUGAUCAUAUAUCAUACAGGUAUGAGGUCCUGAAGGUUAUAGGGAAAGGAAGUUUUGGGCAAGUGGUAAAGGCAUAUGAUCACAAGAUGCAUCAGCAUGUUGCCUUGAAGAUGGUGAGAAAUGAGAAGCGUUUUCACCGCCAAGCUGCAGAAGAAAUUCGAAUUCUGGAGCACUUGAAAAAACAGGAUAAGGACAACAACAUGAAUGUGAUACACAUGCUGGAAAAUUUCACAUUCCGCAACCAUAUCUGUAUGACAUUUGAGUUGCUGAGCAUGAACCUUUAUGAGCUCAUAAAGAAAAACAAAUUUCAGGGCUUCAGCCUGCCAUUAGUUCGCAAGUUUGCCCAUUCAAUUUUGCAGUGCUUGGAUGCUUUGCACAAAAACAGAAUCAUUCACUGUGACCUUAAACCAGAGAACAUUCUGUUGAAGCAGCAGGGUCGGAGUGGUAUUAAAGUUAUUGAUUUUGGCUCCAGCUGUUAUGAGCAUCAACGUGUCUACACUUAUAUUCAGUCACGUUUUUACCGUGCUCCAGAAGUAAUCCUUGGUGCUCGUUAUGGGAUGCCCAUAGACAUGUGGAGCUUGGGCUGCAUUCUAGCAGAGCUCUUAACAGGUUAUCCUCUCUUACCAGGAGAAGAUGAAGGCGAUCAACUGGCUUGUAUGAUAGAGUUAUUGGGCAUGCCUUCCCAAAAACUUUUAGAUUUAUCCAAAAGAGCAAAAAAUUUUGUGAGCUCUAAGGGUUAUCCCCGAUACUGUACUAUUACUACCUUGUCAGAUGGUUCUGUAGUGCUCAAUGGUGGUCGUUCCCGGCGGGGCAAAUUACGUGGCCCUCCAGAGAGUAGAGAGUGGGGGACUGCGUUGAAGGGAUGUGAUGAUCCCCUCUUCCUUGACUUCUUAAAACAGUGUUUAGAGUGGGAUCCUGCUCUACGCAUGACACCAAGUCAGGCUUUACGGCAUCCCUGGCUAAGGAGACGUUUGCCAAAGCCUCCAUCUGGGGAGAAGACUUCAGCAAAAAGAAUAACAGAAAGCGCUGGUGCUAUCACAUCAAUUUCCAAGUUACCUCCGACUUCAAACUCAGCCUCAAAACUGAGGACUAAUUUGGCACAGAUGACAGAUGCCAAUGGAAAUAUUCAGCAAAGAACAGUGUUGCCAAAACUUGUAAGCUGAGUUUGAAUAAUCCAAUGCUGAUUUUUUUUAAAAGAGAGAGAUUGUGUCACUGAGCCUUAUUCUCACGGAAAAGUAGCUCAGAUUUCUAUUUUUAUUUGCUCAGUAACUUUAAGCGUUUGUAUUUUUUCAACACUCACUUUAAAUGUGUAAGAAAAUUGGUUUUGAUUUUAUAAAAAAACAUGGGGACGAUGCUUUAAGUUUUAUACUUUUUUAAAGAAAAAAAUGUUUUUCUUCCAAACAGUAGUUUUAGCCUUACUAUGGAACUAGUGUGGCACAUUAAUGGGUCAGUGGCAGGCCACUGGUUACAACAUAACCACCAUGCAUUAUAGCCUGAUAGGAGGAGGGCUUAUACCCCCUACCCCACCCCAUUGUUCAUGUUGGUUUUUCCCUGGAACUAAUCUUUCAUAUUUUUCUGUUUCUGGUUUUUGUAUUAGCAGUAGAUCCUAAUCCGGCAAACACUUCCCUACAGUGUCCUCUUUAUGAUAUAGAAAAUAUUCAGGGGGUAUGAGUGAGGUCUGCAUGAUUGUUGAUAAAAUGUGUAUCUAUAUUCUAGCUAAUUAAGAAAUUUCUGCAUAAUAAUUGCUAAAAUAUUUAUUAUGAUAUUUUUAUUGUUUAAAAAAUUAUUUCCAUAGAGGGCUUCCAGGAAAUGCAGUAGGCACAUUCACACCUGUGCUUGCCUCAGAUACCACUCCGCUGUUCCCUGUCAAGUGUCUAAAAGUUCUCUAAAACCUGCAGGUCGUAAGGUAGCCCUGCCACCAGCUUUUGAAAUACUUAACAUUUUCCAUGUCUGGAUCCAGUAUUGGCUUUUACUGAGUCUGUGUUGCCCAGCUAACUGGUCCACUUGGGGCCUCACGUGGCCUUGCUUGAACCUCCUUUUUUAUGUCCAGCUUCAGGGAGAUGGGCUAUGAUACAUGGCCAGUAUGGGCUGAUGGAUGCCCUCUGGGCUCUGCCAAUCCUGAGUUCACCUCUGGUUGUAUUAUAGAAGUUGAUCUCUUGUGCACAGUUACCAGGAGGUAAACCUAUUGAACAGAUUUGGGCUUACUUCUGAGUAAAGUGCAUACCAUAUGCACUGCUUAAAAUUGAAAAAAUUGUUGUACAAGAUUCACACAUCCUACUCUUCAGGAGCUGUACAGGAAUAUAAUCCAGAAUUUACUGGAUUAUAUUCUUGUACUGAAAAAUGCAAGUCAGGAUAACUGUGCUUAAUUCAUAUUUAUCUCAUCAAUUUAAAAUGUAACUUGUGGAUUAUGUGAUUAGAGAUGGGAAAAUUGUAUUGGUUUGGUUCUAGUCCAGAAACUUUAAAGAUUUAUUAGAUUACUCCACUUAGUAAGCCUGCCCAUUUUUGCUGGCUAGGGUUGGUUAACAGAGGAAUCCUAAACAGAAUUACACCCAUCUGUAUCCAUGGAAGUCUUAAAAAGAUGUAGCUCGGUUUAGAAUUGAACUGCCAGUCAUUAAUACCAAAUGUCCAGUCCUUGGACCAUUGAGCCCAGAAUGGAGGGAAAUGUUCUUGAUGAUUUCCAAGCAUGUAGAUUCAAAGCAGUUCUACAAAUCUGCAGAAGUAAAUUUCAGAAUCCAUCAAUGGAAUCUUUUAUUUCUACAACAGCCUUAAAGGUGAUCAAAAAUAUUAUCCCAAAAUAUUAUCUAAUAUUCAUUCAUUCUACUUAUAGAACAGACAAUGCAAGAAUAAAUGAAGUAUAAGGAAGCACGUUUAUCUUAACACAAUGAAUGAAGAUAAAUUAUGGAAAACAAACUAUUUAAGAAUAGUUAAACCCACAAGUAUACAUUUGCUUCCUCCUCAUUCUACUUUCUUCAGUUUAUUCCUGAAAGCAGUUGGAGUUCUUUGCACUGAGUAUUCAGAACAAGUUGUGUGUCUUCCAGAUUGUUGUACAAAUUUUAAAUUUUUUUUUCAGAGAGAGUCCUGGGCAACAAUCCACCAUGAAAUUCUCCCGCAUAACCCUGACUGAAUUAAAGGCCAAAAACAGCGGCCCAGGGAUGGAAAAACACCGGUCCCUGGGCAGCCGUGCGAUGCUGCAAUGCAGCAGCGCCAUCUUGUGCGGCCCCGAGCGGCUUGUAGGCGCUGCUUUCC